AUGGAUCACACACUCGGAGGAAUCGUCAGUCUACUGAGCGUUCAGUACCCUGAUCGCAAAAUCGCAACCGACAACGGCAAGGAUGGCGGCGACCUCGUAGGCAAAGCGAAGGGCGCAAAGAUCAGCCACGGUCAGAAGUGGCGUUUCAUGCCCGAGGACCCGCAUAACGAGCUUUUCAAGAUCUGCUCCAGCGAUAUGCCCUCGACUCAGUGGGUGAUGGCAACGGGCGAAACUCCAAAGGUCCCGGUUCCUUUCACUUCUGUCGCUGUAUCCCACCAAGGCAACAAGUAUCGAAUCAUGACCGCCGACAGCGCCCUAUGCUGGACUAUGCUAGGCGACGGGGAAAAUGAGACCGCCGAGUGGAUGAUGAUCGAGCUUGAAGCUAUCCUCGGACCGGUCCGGGCGGAGCCCGAGAGCAAGGCGGCUUUGUCGGACGGUGCAUCGUCGGUAACAAAGACCAUAGACGUUCAGAUAACUCGCGUCAACUCUCUCGGGCAUCCCAACAAUCUCCGUUAUGCUCGCUUAGAGACUGAGAAGGGUCACAAGGAUGUCAAGACCGAGCAAUCCAAGGGUACCAGCGAGGCCUUUAAGGAGGGGGGUGAGCGCAAACAGGAUACCGGCCACAAGAACGAGGACAGUUUUGAGGAUAGCAUAGAGCAGGAGACUAGAAGUCGUGAGAAGACCGCCGAGAGCGACACCGAGACCGCCAUAGCCGUGGACAGCGCCGAGACCGUUAACGAGGAUCUGAGAAGAUGUAUUAGCGCACCAAAUUCACGCCGAACAAGGGGGUGUUGGGUGACUCACGGUUAUGUCUCCCGCCAUGGUCGAAGCGAGGUCAGAAACGCUCAGCUCGGAAGAGCCGUCAGCAGACCUUGGGCUGGACAGUUUCUUGUGUCGCGGUGCUGGGGUCAAGGGACACUAUAA